AUGAUUACAUUCUUUUCUAAUAUCCCAAUAUUUAAAGAUGAAAAAAAUCUUGAUAUACAAACAUUUCUACAACUAUCCAAAAUGAUUUGUGAUUUUUUCGGUUUAUGGGAUUCAAAAUUUUCAUUAUUACGAAAUGAUGUGGAAGGGAAUAUUAAAAAAGUAUCACGUGCAUCUACCAAUUUACAUGUGAAUACAUUAUAUGACUUAUUAGCUAAUGAAAUAAAUCGUGAUGAUUCUUCCGGAUCAAUUGGUUUAUUAUGGUUAAAGCGUACAUUUCAAUUUCUUAUUUGUUUCCUGCAUUAUUUUGCUCAAUCUAAAAAUAAUGAAUUAAUACGUGAUAUGAUUAUAAAAGCUUAUGAUGAAACAUUGACAAAAUAUCAUAACAAAUUAAUGCGUCAUGCAUUUCGUUUUGUUUUACUCAUUGUCCCUAAACGAUCGGUAUUUAUUAGAAAAUUAGGAUUGGAACAGGAUAAUUGUGAAUUGUUGGUACUUAGAGAAGCGGGACAAUUUGCAGUGUCAGUCGAAGCUCAUGUUCAAACUUUAAAUCAAAUGUUAGUUUUAUUCGGUUUGGAAGAUCCACUGAUUAGUUGA